AUGAAUGCAUGGUCAACUGUAAUACGAAAUGAUACAAUUAAUCAAUUACGUAUUGAAUUUGAAACUUGGAAAAAUAUAUCUAUAACUGAUGAAUCUGUUAGAUAUGCCGAAAUAGCUUCUUCUUCUUCAACUCCUUCCUUUAUGAAUAGGAUUUUUGAACAAAGUGAAAGUCAAAUUAAUCAUGAAAUAGAAAUUGACAAUUAUCUGAACGUAUCUAUUACACCAAUUCUACCUAAAAAUACUGAU